ACAUCACCCCGCUACCAAGGAAAGAAAAUACCAAAUACUUGGCUAAACUCAUGGACACCGAGUUUGCAUCCGCCCUCUUAGAUACCGCUGUCGAAGAAACCGAGUACCUCCCCAUGUCGACAGUCAUCUUCACGGCGCUGUGCCUGAUUCCAGGCCUGUUCAUCGCCGUGAGCUCGUUCUGGGAGGGCGCGGAGACGUCGGCACACGAGUACGUGUUACGCGGCAUACGCUUCUUCGCCUAUGGCUUCGGAUACAUGGUGGUCGGCCUCGUGUCCUUCCCGCUGCUGAUCCUACACUAUGUCGACAAGUACUAGGGGUGCUGGUGGCUGGUGCUGGGAUCGCGGCAGAAGGCGGCGGGGGGGUUAGAUUUGGAGGAGGGGAAGGAGAAGGGACAGGUUGUGAGUGCCAAG